CCGGGUGCCGGCGGCGGUUCGGGUCAUGACCUGAGCGGCGCGCGGACUCAGCACGAUGAGCGGCUGGCUGCUCCGACGCGCCUGGCCAGCCGGUACUGUCCUGCUGCUCGCCGCACUACACUCCGGAGGCCUCGGUUUCGUGGUUCAGAAAGCAGGACCUCCACAUCCUGACGCUGGGGACGCACAGCUUCACCACCGACAGCCGCUUCAAGGUGCUGCACGACGCCGGCAGUCACGACUUCAUACUGCGCAUCCAGGCUGUGAGGACGCGGGAUGCUGGCGUCUACGAGUGUCAGGUCAACACCGAACCCAAGCUCUCCUGGCCGGUCACACUCACCGUCCAAGCCCCGCACGCCAAGGUGGCCGGCCCCACCGACCUCUACGUCCAGCUGGACAGCAACAUCAACCUGAGCUGCGAGCUGCGCGUGCUGGCCGAUCCGCCGAUUACGCUCACCUGGCUGCGGGACGCGGCGCCGAUCGACCUCGGCUCGCCGCGCGCCGGCAUCAGCAUCCAGACCGAGCGCACCAACCAGGGCAGCAGCAGCUUCCUGGUGAUCUCGCGCGCCCGCCAGCGCGACUCGGGCAACUACACGUGCCGCCCGAGCGAGGGCCGCUCGGCCGCCGUCCGGGUUCACGUCAUCGAUGAUGAGCACCCGGCCGCGAUGCAGACCGCUGCCGGGGACCGACUGCGGCCAGACGCGCUGCUGCUGACGCUGCUCAUCCUCCGACUGGUCACCCGGUGACCUGGCACCUGACCUCUGACCCCGGGUCACGCCGCUGCUGCUGACGCUGCUCAUCCUCCGGCUCUCCGGCUGGUCGCCCGCUGACCUGGCACUUGACCCCUG